CAAAGAUUUAAUUAAACUCAUUCUUAAGUACUGUGGCUCAUUCCCCAUUCUCUCACGUUGCUACAGCCACGUCACCACCGGCGCACCGCCCAUCUCCCCAUUUUACAUAACUGUUGCUACAGCCUACAACAACAAAAAAUUCAUCUGAAACCAUCAAAGUAGGCAUUAUCUGCUCUAAAUAAAUCUCAAAUCUAGGGUUUCCAUAAUUCCAUUCCCCAAUGUUUUCUUCCCCAAAAAAAUAAAUUCAACUUUCAUUUAUGGAGCAGCCCAAACCGAAGAAUUUACCGUUUGUUCGAUAAUCCAAUGAGCUGGAAUGAUGGUUGCUCGUUCUCGAUAUAAAUUAUGGGGGAAUCUCAUAAUCCUGCAUUCAGAAGUAGGAAUCAAGUUCUCUUCGCAGUAGAUGGAUUUGGGAGGCGAGUGCUCUGUACACGAGUCUGUAACAGACAGCGAAGACAUUUUAAAUGGUCCCACUAAAUUCGUAAAUGUUGUCCAAAAAGCUGAGGUUCGAAAAAAUGGAUCUCGUGUAGAAAAUUGUGAUGAUCGUGACUUGUUCCACAAGGUGAAGCUAAAUCAAGUUGAUGUUACCGAGCAUGUCGACCCUAGCAGGAAAGGCCGUGGCUUGAAGAAAUGGAGAAGGAUCACGAGAGACCCAAAGAAGAAGAGCAGGGGCAGUAACUUAAUUACACAUGAAUUGUCGAAUUCAGAAGUCAGCUUGAAGGAGAACUCUCAUUCCAGCUUGGAGUCUGACUCGCGAAGCUCCAAUCUUUUAUUUGUGCAGGGAACUCGCUCAGCAAAUAAUGGGAUGCGGUACGGAAAUGGGGAUGACGUGGCAGGAGGUGAUGAACCAGGUGGACCCGGAUGUGAAGCUGGUGUUGAUGACUCAUCUUUGGAGGUCAAGGAGGAAAGAAGUGAGAAUCAUGGGUUGUUGAGCGAUCAGGAUCCUCUACGUGAGUCCGUGUUUGAACUCGAGUCUGCAAAAGAAGCACUCAAGAAAGAGUUACUAAAGCUUAAGGAAAUUGGGGAAAAUUAUUUGGCCCAUGAUUCAGGUUCAGAUUCGGGCAUGGAAGUUAUAGACGACAAACAGAAUACGAUCUUUGAGCAGAUUCCAUAUGAGGGACCGCAUAGUUUCUCCCAAUCUGUGAAAUCCGAGGUUUUAGAAACAACGAGCAGGGAUGUGGAAGCAGAAGUAGAUUACCUUUUCAAGAAAAAAAUUGAAGCUGAAGUGGAAUAUAUGGCAAUUUCAAAAACAGUCCAAAAGUUGAGGGUUGCAGAAUUAGAUCAGGUCCCUAUUUUGGAAGAACAAAAAGCUUUGGUUUCAGAGCAAACACAGAUACUCGAUAAGCUUGAAGCUGCUGAGAGUAAAGCUGCCUUGCUUGAGAGAGAAGCUGAGAAGUUGGAAAGUAUUUGCCAAGACGUUGCUCGUGCAGAUGAGAUAAUGAAGUUACAGAAAGGGGUUUGUAAGUACAGUUUGUAUUUCUUGGUACAGUUAGUACUGUUGCUAGUUAUGUCAGGGGGCUUUUUGUUUUGGUUAUCGCCUAGUUAUGUGGAGGUUGUGCCCACUUAGGAGUAGGAAUAGUGUUGCUCUCCUUUUUUCUCACUUUGGAUAUGUUUUAAUGUUUUUUUUCUUUUGAAUAUUUUGGGCAAUAGAUUUGUGUCAAUGGUUCUUGAUAUUUGUCCUGUACAGAUCAAAUGUCUGAGUGUAGUUGAUUCAGUGUUUUGAAACUGUCCAGUUGAAAAAUUACAUGACUUGAUCUGGUGGCUUACUGCACUCAAUGUGUAGAAACAGAGUACAGAUGUAGGCCAAGUUUUGAGCCAUUUUCGUUUCCCUUUAAAAAUAAUAUGAGAGCCCAUUUCUUUCU